AUGACCAAUCUAACCCAUGAUGAUUAUGUUUUCCGACCUCCCCUAACACAAUGGAGCAAAAUAAUAAGAGAAGCAGAGAAAAUUGUGGGAUAUCCAACCUCUUUCAUGAAUUUAAGGUGGCUGCUUAGUGAUGAAUUCGCUAACAUGGCUAUGCACUUAAGAAAAGUGGUGGACAGUAACCAUCCAUUAAUGAAAACUGCAAAAUCAGUUUUAUACAACGAACAUAAUAACCUUCAACCGUGGGGCUUGAUCAUUCUGCUCCUGUCCAAAGCUGUGAACCCACCAAUGUCUUGUCUACAAGCAAACCUAGUAAAUGAAAGUCAACGGAAAUUAGCCGAACUAACAGAAAUGAUAAGAACUGGACAUUCAGUGCACAGAGGCCUUCUAAAUAUACCAAUUGGAAAAUCGCUAGACCAAUCAAGUAAACGGUACAACACACCGAUCGGC